AUGGACGAAAGUGAAAUCGACUUGGGACAGCUGUCCUCUACGCAGCAAGAGGCCCUCAACCAGUACACUCAAGUCACGAAUCAAGAAGUCAACGAAGCCAUCCCACUUCUGAGGCGGUCGGAGUGGAACGUUCAGAUCGCAAUCGCUAAGUUCUUCGACGGCGAAACAGCCGAUCCAAUAGCUGCAGCGCAGCAAGAAAUCCCCCGAGCGACAGCGCGACAUGAAAACCUGCAAGAAAGUCUCUUACACGAGGCAGCGCGUCCCCCCCGUGCCUCACCACGGCAGCGCACUGAUCUAGCGCCACGAAUCGUUCCCCAAAACUCGGUCACAAACCGGGCUCCCUGGCUUUUAGGUCUGCUCCUAACACCUUUCAGCCUGGGUUGGAAGGCUGCCUCAACACUCUUUCGAACCCUGAUAUAUGCCUUGUCGUUCCUACCUGCAUCGAUUCGACCACGUGCUGUAACAAGCAGAAUAUCAACCGGCUUCAGGGGUACCAAUGGCCGACGACCUCUAAUGCCACGGGACACAGCCUCGAGGUUUAAGAGAGAAUUCGAGGAAGAGUAUGGGGAGAACGAUUUGUCCUUUUUCGAAGGCGGUGUCGCUCAAGCACACGACCAAGCUAAGAAAGAUCUUAAGUUUAUGCUUGUGGUACUGUUAUCCCCCGAGCAUGACGAUACCGAGUCCUUUGUCAAGGAGACUUUGCUGUCCCCGGAAGUAGUCGCUUUCAUCAAGGAUCCUUCCAAUAAUAUCCUACUUUGGGGCGGUAACGUGCUCGACUCUGAAGCUUACCAAGUGGCUCAGGAGUAUAUUUGUACCAAAUAUCCUUUCUCAGCAUUGGUUUGUCUUACGCCUAAAGAGGGCAGCACCCGCAUGGGGAUUGUCAAGCGCCUCGUCGGACCCAUGCCUCCAUCUACCUACUUAUCUGAAAUUCGAGCAGCUAUCGAGAAGUACGGUGCUGAUCUUGAUGGAGUGCGGGCCGAGCGAACAGCCCAGGAAGUUACAAGAAAUCUACGAACCGAACAAGAUUCAGCCUACGAGCGAUCCCUAGCUAUUGACCGCGAGCGUGCUCGACAGAAGAAGGAAGCUGCAGCGGUAGCAGCGGCUGCAGAAAAACGCGCCAUCGAAGAAGAAAACGCAGCGGCAAUACUUGAAGAGAAGCGCGGGAAAUGGAAAACAUGGAGAGCUACAACGAUUGUGGCCGAACCACCAACCAGCGAGAAGAAUGUUGUGCGAGUCGCUCUUAAGAUGCCCGAAGAAUCGGGUAUCGGCCGAAUCGUGCGUCGUUUCCCCCAGGAUGCAUCUCUGGAAGACAUGUAUGCCUUUGUGGAGUGCUACAGCGUUCUCCACCAAGACGGCGCAGCGGUAGGUGACAGACCGGAAGAUUACGAGCACGAGUACAAGUUCCGGAUUGCCUCGGUCUUGCCCAGGGAGGUGUACGAGCCCAGCACGACGGUGACAAUGGGAGAGAAAAUCGGAAGAUCAGGAAAUUUGAUUGUGGAGGACAUCUCACUGGACUCGGAAGAUGAUUCAGACGACGACGUUGAUGACGAAGACGAGGAGGCGGAGGCUGUUUAA